AUGAACGUGAAUGAAAAUUCGGACAAGUUUGGAAUGGGACGAGGAGAUCAGAUCAGAAGAACGAGCAAGAAGAGUUUGAAGGCCAUGGAGGAUGGUCUUAUACAGUUCGACUGGCAAACCCGUCUCUACGACUUGCCGUCAAAUCCGGACCCAGCCACGGACCCGGAGCAAUCUAUGCAAGACGGCUUGUUGCGAUCGAAGCUUUCAGGGGAACUGAUAGUACCUUGCAUGGUCAUGGACUCAUACGCAAAAGACGAGAAAAAGCUCAGGCCAGCCGUGGGCAGUCAGCCUGCCAUGGACAAGACGAGACGUCCUUCCAAGACUGUAUACGGCCACCAAGACGGCCACCAAGAGCCUAGAGAUGUGAUCCAUCCGUGGUCCUGGAACAUGCCAGCCAACGACCCCCGGUCAGCUCCAUGUGGAGGGAAUGGCAGCGAUUGGGCGGAUGACGGGCAGGGCUCCCACAACGGGCAUCUUGCCCGUCUUUGGCUGACGUUCCAGCGGAGACGCCGUGACGGCCACGACAAGCGGCUCCGCCAUAUGACCCCCACCACUUUGCUUUACUCGAUUCGAUGGGAUCUGGACGUCACGGUCCCUCUCCUCGUCCCAUCUUCGGUUCCUCGGCCUCUCGCAUCUUCGAUGGCCUCAACGGGAGAUCAUAUGAGGAUCAUUACGACCUGGAACAUCGUGUUUGUCGCUCUCCACGUUUUCUUCGUCUCCUUCUUGGGAAAAUUUUUGAGUUGCGGUGCGGGUAGCUGGCCUGUUUCGAGAGGCUCCCUCCGUGAAGACAAUCUCGACUGUUGCCAAUCUAUUGAUGUGAACUGGAGCUGGUCGAGCCUGACCCUUUCAAUGCAACUUCAGCUGUCCAGCCCGAUCGCGCUGAUGGCAUCACUCGGUGUGCAGCCGUGUCUCAUAGCCUCAACGCUCAGCGCAUCUUUUCAUCAACUUCAGACCAUGAACUUUUGCCCAUGUGGACUCCGUCGCACCCGACUUGGCUCCCAGGUCGUGGGCCAUUCAAUGGCACGCGUCAUUCGAAAACGCCAACGCAUUCCCAAUCCUCCAAAGUGGUUCUACCGGCUGCCCGCGGCCAGGCCAGGCCAGGUAUUGCCAGGCAGGGCGCUCAUCGGUCCUGGUUUCUUCUUCUCGCCUUCUUCGUCCGAUCAUCAACUGAACACAUUGAAACUCACCCCCGUGCCCACAUCGUGGAUCCGAAGCAGGGUCAAGGGCGCUAAACCCUGUCCCAUCAGCGGGUACCUGGGCCAGACCAGGCACAGGCUCCAGGGCCCCCCUCGGCCCCUCCUCCUAGCCAGACUCCUCCUGAACAGAACUGAGCCCGUGAGGAGGAGAGGAAGCAAGGAAGGGGAAAAGGGGACGGGCGCGGAUAUACAAGCGAAGAACAUGGCUGCAGCUGUUUAUGCGACGGAGAAUGAGCUGAGGCCCCUCCACAUUCCCGCUGUGCCUCUCGAGAUGGGCCAAGACCUCCAUCUGCUUGAUUCGGUUACUGGCCGAUUCUAUCGGCCGAGAGGUGAUGACAUAAUCAUACUCCGUACACACAGAAGCUCUCCUGAGUUCGAUUCUCUCUUCAUUUUUGGUGUCCGGCGGUCGGACGGUGGAUCUUUUGGCUUUUGGGAUGCAGCAGGAUGUCUCCCAAAUGAGAUGCGUGGAAGGGCCGAUGAGACUCAUGCGAGAAGCCGCCUUCAUCACUUUCAUAAGUUCUACGAGAUAGGCCACCUACCUAACACGAUCCACAGAGUACUCAAGAGGUUUUCUUCUAAUAUCAAAGAGAAUGUGGAAGUCUACAAUCCGAAGGAGAAGUCGUCCUUCAUAAUCGGCAACACUCAACUCGGUGAUGACUCGCACCGUCAUGAAUUAGAUGGAUGUUCUUUGACUGCCGCUGUUCUGCGCAGAGCAUCCAAAGAACUUGGACUUCUUUCCCGGCCGCAAUCCGCAGCUAUGGAGUUCCACUUCCAGAUGCCGCGUCAUCCGUCUUUCGCGCCCGGCGCUCAAUCUGACACGGCCCUUGCAGCUGCGACGCCGCCACUGGACAAGUCUCGCUGUUCCGGCCGGAAGCCCAUUUUCCUCGCCGUCACUGCGGCCUCCCUCAUCGGCUCGAUUGUCGGUGCCUCGUCUUGGUCUCGGACGCGUCUGUUGUGA